UUGUGUGUCAAUUUCAUUCUAGUAUUUGAGACUGCGCACAAAUCUUUUUACAUAUAGGGCACAAAACUUGAAUAAAUAAAUGUGAUGAUGGUAGAGUGCGUUCUAGUUCUUCUUUACCAACUAUAAAAUAAGGUUCUUCAUGGCCCGUGGUUUUUAGUCGAAAAAAUCUUUUUUCAAUUUAACAAUUGGUGAUGCUGUUAGGACAACAAUGGCGACCAUGGUGGAGGAUGAAAAUUCGGUUGAUAUGAAUGAGGAUAAAAAACUGCCAUUUAAUCAAGUUUCCUACAAUUGGGUAGAUAUUACCCAAGAAUUCUUCGAUGCUAUUACAGAGUUGGAACUGGGAGAACUCUUACACAAUGAGUUCUUUGGUCUUUUUGAAGCAAUGUCAGCCAUCGAGAUGAUGGAUCCUAAAAUGGAUGCAGGCAUGCUGUGUAAUCGUGGGAAUAGCAAGCCUUGUACUUUCGUACAAGCUGUAGAAACGGGUGCCAUUAAAUUGGAUAAUUUAACACCCUCUGAAGUUAUUGGAAUAAUAGAUUCUACAUACUCUUGCAUAGUGUGUUGGUUGGAAGGACAUAGCUUAGUACAGACAGUUUUUACUAAUUUAUAUUUACAUCAGCCUUCAAUGAUACUCGACAAACCUUUGAAAACGUUUUGUUAUGCCGUAUAUAAAAUUAUCGAAGUGAUCAAGGACUGCAUUAACAAAGCGUUAGUUUUUGAGGAAGAAGAUUUUCAAAGUCUUACGUAUGGAUACAGAUUACAACAAGACAUUACUGAACAAAAAACAAUAUCUAUGUUGAGAGAAGUGGAAGAAGAACUUCAUAAAAAAAGUAGAAUAAAACCAGUUGACGUCGAGUCAGAAAAAGAGUACAAUGAUGGCUUAGCGCUUUAUGUGAGAAUUAGAUUUACCAAGAUGUUCUAUCAAACUUUAUCACUGAUGGGACGCAAGGAACAGUUGCAACAAAAUUUAGUUGAUUGUCAAAGAUUAUUAUCAAAUUGUUCCGAUAUGAUUCAAGUUAUGAUCAAGACAGUUAAUCGUGGAGAAAAGGCAGAUGAAAUAUCCGAUCAUCCAAAUAUAAUGGGUUUUGAUGCUAUGGUUAAUCAAAGAUUAUUACCUCCCACUUUUCCACGAUAUACUAAAAUAAAACCUCGAGUUGAGGCUUUAGAAUAUCUAGAUGAAUUGUUAAAUAGAUUUAAAACUGUUACUAAAAUUACUACUCAUACCGGAUUUCACGCAGCACUGGACUUUUUUUUAGAAUUUUCACAGAGAAGCCCAUGCAUAUUAUCUCGAUCAAUGUUACAAAUAGUUUAUCUCCCAACAACAAAUCGUGUAUUUGGCGUACAAAAUUUUGCCGAUGUUUUGAAAGAUGCGGCAAGAAAUUUUAUUGCACCACCGGUAUUAAUGUCUAAAAAUACGUUACUUCAAAAUCAUCAGGUCAAGGAAUAUGUCGAUGGUUUUUUUUCACGUUGUGUUACCUUGUUUGGAAGUUUAUUGCAAUUGACUGGACAUAAUAGGGCUAGACAAAGGGAUAAGUUAGCACAUUUAUUAGAAGAUUUCGCAACCUUACAAGAUAAGGCUGAAAGAGUAGAUGGGUACUUACGCUCAUUAAAGAGUGACAUCUCAAGGUCGCAUUGGGCUUGCUUUGGCACAUGGAUUUUAUAUCAUAUGUUACGUGUAAUGAUUAUGUAUCUCUUAAGUGGUUUCGAACUAGAAUUAUACUCUGUACAUGAAUAUCAUUAUAUUUUUUGGUAUCUGCAUGAAUUUUUAUAUGCAUGGUUAGUAUCUGCAAUUACAAGAGCGGAUACAUUUUUAAAUGAACAAGAAGCGCACAAUGAUACACAUAAAGGUAGGGGAGGUAAAAAGAGUGCCAAAAAUAAAAAAAAGAAAUCCACACCAAGACCACAUCAUUUUGAAAGUUUAAUAUACCAAGCGAUGCAAAAUAUUUGUGGCGGUUACUACAAAGCAUUGGUCGGAUUUCGUAUAGAUGGAAAGAUUCCUCUUCCAGAAACCCAAUUUGAUUCAGAAAGAGUAAGAUACGAACAUAGAUUAUUGCCAUUCUCUUCUCUUCGUACUCCUCCACCGGUUCAUUAUCAAGAAUUUUCAGAAAUGACUAAAGCUCAGUUGUAUAAGAAAAGUGACAAAGUCACGAGCUCAACACAAUAUCUGGCAGGUUGUUGGCACUUUCAUAGAGCUAGAAAUAUGUUAGAACGUGCAAUAUUGUUACCUUGUCCGACAACUGUUAAUACCUUGGGUGAGAUCAAUGAUUUAUUAAAAGUGGCAAAGACUAAUUUCGUGGUUCUUAAAUUAUUGGCUGAUGGACAUAAAAAGGAUUCGAAAGAGCCGCCAGUAUUUGACUUUUCAUGUCAUCAACAUUUUCCUUUGAUUAAGCUUACUUAAAUUUGUAUAUCCUUAAUAGACAUGUUUUUAUUUUAUAACAGUAAAAACAUGUAUUUAUUUUAGGCCCUAUUAAAUUUUUCGAAAGCUUUUUUAACAUAAUAUACUUCGACAAAAUAUCUCCAAAUUUUAUUCGACAUAUUUCGACAAAAAACAAAAAGAUAGAAACGGCAAAAUUUUUAUUUUAAAACAAAAUAUGAAUGUGUUCUAUUUUUAAUUAUGUAAUCCUACAGUCACGUAAUAUACAAUUUCAUACAUUUUCUGAUAUAAACAUUUUUUUUUUUUUUAUAAAUUCUAUUGCUAAUAAGAAAACGAUAUUUGUACAUAAGUUAUAUGAAAAAAUGUUUAGUAUGUGUUAAAAGGAGAAAAUCGAUGUAUGUCGCGUGCGAACGAACGUGUGUAUAUGUAUGCAUACGUAUACGCAAGUAUGUAUGUAUAUAUAAAUAUGUAUAUUUAUAUACACACAUACAAAUAUAUUAAAUAAUGUUUAUAAAAAAAGUUAAAAGCCAAUGUGAAGUGUAAAUAUUAUCAUGUAGAAUCAAUAGUAAUAAUGUAGAUAGUGCGAUAAUGUUAACUAUACAUACUAAAUAAUAGGAUACAUCUAAUUAUGGCUUAUAGCGGUAAUAGACGAGAAGAAGUCCUGAGAAAAAAAAGAUUUCAUUUAAAAAAUAAAGGUAGCUAAAAAGGAUUGGAAAAAGCAUUUCGCUGUAAACUUCAGAAUCAAUCUUUUUUGCGUAUAUACAAAGUGUCUUGUAAUUGGUAGUAUAAGCAGGUAGGGAGUAAUUCUACAUGAAAAAGUAAAUCGAAAAUAUAGAAUAAAAUUUGUUCAUGUUAGUCUUUCUUUUUGAGAACAAUAAGUUUAAAAAUUUGUUGAGUACGUGUGCACUUGACUGAGCUUGCAAUCUUUAUAAAUCAAUAAUCUCGUUUGAUAAGCACAAGGAUCUGACAAUGAGCUGAAAUUAAAUCAAAUGCACGCAUAAUUGACAAAUUGUCAAACUUAUUUUUUUUCGAAAACAAAGUUUUAUACGAAAAAAUUUUAUUUUACAUUAUGACUUAGUUUUUCAUGUAGAAUUAUUCUUUGCUUGCUUGUACUACCAGUUACACAGGACACAUUGUAUCUUAAAUUAACUGUAAAUUAAAACAUUAUAUAUAAUAUCAAUAAUUUAAAUGUAUGUUAUAUAUAAAUUUCCUCGUUACUUGUUAUAACACAAGAUCUGCUCGGAGAAUGCAAAAUAUUUUUUAAGUCGCCCUUAUUUAUAACAUAUAUAUA